UCUGCUCCUUCCGCAAGGAACUCAACCGCGGGCGCCAUGACCAGCCUUCUGAUCACGCCUUCUCCAAAAGAAGAACUGACGACUCCCACAAUCCUGCAGUCCACUGAGGCCGGGUCCCCAGAAGAUGGAGCUAGCACAGCACUCAUUGCAGUUGUUAUCACCGUGGUCUUCCUCACCCUGCUCUCAGUCAUGAUCUUGAUCUUCUUCUACCUGUACAAGAACAAAGGCAGCUACGUCACCUAUGAACCUGCAGAAGGCGAGCCCAGUGCCAUCCUCCAGAUGGAGAGUGACUCAGCCAAGAGCAGAGAGAAGGAAGAAUAUUUCAUCUGAUUCCCAGGCCCCACAGAGCUUGUUCCCGGCUCCAGCACUAUCACACAGACUGUUUUAUUUAUUAGGUGAGAGUUUCCUCUGAAGCUAGUGAGAAGCAUUGACUGAUGUGGGCAAGUCCAAGCUCCUCCAGGAUGCAGUCCCAAAUGCCAACAUCACUGACUCUGGGGACCAGGGACCUGGAGAAAGCUGCUUAUGAUGUCUUAACCAGGCCCCUUGUGAGAGAGCUGCUGUUUGUGACUUGCCCACAAGGUGGGGCUAUACCAGGGGACAUUUGAGUGUGUGCCUGGUCAUCUUACCUUUUUCACAGGUUAAAAGGAGGGAAAAGAGAGGGUUGCUGGCUGCUCCACUCUGUCCCCUACCUGGUUACCUGGUGAAGGCCCCAGUGGAGAUAUUGUCCACAGGAGUUCUUAGACCAGGCCAGGAGGGGUAGAAGACUAUGGCGACCUUACCUUCUGACAUAAAUGUGCUACGUCCUUUCAUCUGAGCCCAUCCUUUCCAUGUUCCCCAACAACCUCAUACCUGUGCGAUUUUUAUCCAAAUUAAAAAUUUUCAUCAA